AUGACGUCAAUAUGAUAAUUUGUUGAGACAGAUGUUUUCACAGUAUAAAACCGCAGUUCUAUUUCUAACCAGCAACAUAAUUUCGCGAUGGACGAGUUGCUGCUGUUUUUACUGGCUUUCUUCUGCAUAGUACUAUGCAAAGCUAUGCUAAUCGAAGCAGCCGGUUCCACGGAAAUUCCAGAUGAUUUCAUUCCAGUUAAACCUAUGUACGAAGUUGACGGAAAAACAAUCGACGUAAAUCCUGAUUAUUCGUUUGAGCUAGUACAUGACUUAACAAGUUGUUAUUUGUAUUCAACUUAUGGUAUUAAUGUAAAAAUAGACCAAGAGUGGAGAAUUACAAAUAUGUACCUUGGCCAUCGACUUCUAGCAACGUUUAAGGCAAAAGAGGAUCCAAAUGGAAAGACUCGUUUGUUUUACCAUAUAUCCAAAAAGACAUGUGACAAACUGGAACUAAGCUAUCUCACGUCGAAGACAACAUGCGUCACUCUGGUGAUGGAAAAGCGUCAAGGCUAUAGACAGAAGGACACUAUUCAAGGAGUGAAAAAGGAUUUCAUUUUCUUAGAGUCGGACUGGAUUUGGGAAAUAAGCAAAAGAGAUUAUUGUGGUAUGUAUGGUAAAAAUUUCAAAGAAGGACCUUAGGAUACGUCACUCACAUGAACUGUAGCAAGUAUUUAUCAAUGCAGUUUUUGGUAAUGAAUUUAUGUAAUAAAGGAUUGCUACCAUCUA